ACUGCAAAUGAUCUCGGUAUUGAUCCUGAUCUCCUGCAUGUUUUUGUGUUCAGCGAUGCCGGUAAACCCAUAUACACCCGGUACGGUGAUGAGAGUAAAUUGGCCCAUGUUAUGGGCGUUAUGCAAGCUCUGAUUUCCGUUGUCGCCUAUCAAGGUGACCAACUUCAAACCAUCGUCGCUGGUAAUAAAAACAUUGUUUUCCGAGUUUUCGGGCACCUAAUCCUCGUUGCUGUUGGACCUUCUUGUGAACCCGUUUCGCAUCUGUCCGUCAUUCUCAUAUAUGUAUAUAAUCAGAUCGUGAGUGCACUAACCCACCAGAGGAUAGACAGGUGGUUCAUGCAGAAGCAAAACCUUGAUUUGCGUAAUCUUAUGAUAGGUGAUAACCGUCUCCUCACUGGAGCCGUUGAACUCGUUGAAACCCAGAUGGGACCCACACUGAAUGCAGUUCUCUGUAUUCCACUACCCAGCUCACUCAGAGAUACGGUGGUUCAAGCCAUCAUUCACGGUGCUAAAUCUCAGGAUCUUCUGUUUGCCAUUCUUCUGACAAAUUAUCGAGUGGUGUGCAUCGUCAGCAUGAAGAAGCGGUCUCUUCAUCCUAUCGAUGUCCACCUGAUCACAAAUCUCGUGCGGUGUUCUCAGUCUUUCAGAAACGCUUCUACCAAUUGGCUGCCUAUUUGUCUUCCCAAGUUCAACUCCAAUGGUUACCUCUAUGCCAAUCUCUCCUACCUGGACAAUCAUUCCUGCCUGGUUUUGCUGACCGUUGACAGCAACCAAUUUUAUGCCCUCCAGACCUCUCGAGACCAAAUAUUGUCGCGCUUACAAUCGUCCCUUCAGGGUGAGUGCUUGCAGCGCCUGGCCUCGGCCACCUGGCCGGACGUUGCGUCGUUAGGAUUUGGCGGGGCUCUGCGGCACUUUGUCUGCAAGUUGGUCUCUGCGGCGCAGUAUACUACAAGUCGGUGGACCCCGCCCUACAACUUCAAUGCUGCGGUGCCCUCCCCCUCUUCUUCCUCCGAUAGCUUGGAGGCUGAGACAACGGCGGCCAUGGUGGCAGCAGUGAAGCAUCGUCAGGCAGCCCUACUUCGGGCCUAUCGUGUGAUGCAUAAAAAUCUCCACUGUCACCUCCAUCCCGUCAGCUGCAUAUUUCAGGCCUCCAAUACUGAGGCUCAAUUGGCUUGGUUGAGUCCGGAGUACGAGGUUUACAUGACUCUGGAGCCGCUGGUUGGCAAACAAGAGGCUUUCGAUAUUCUCAAACGUCUAACAAAGUGGGUUUCAGCCAACAAACAGCGUCUCUUUAUUCUCUCUUCGCCAACCUUCUAA